ACAGGUGUGUCUCUGGGCCCUGUGGCUGCCUGUCCCACUCCCUGCUGAGACGCCCUCAGGAAAGGUCACACAGCCUGCAGCUCCAGCGAGCCUGAACCAGACCAGCCAAGGGACCGGGAUGGAAGCUGCAGAUGCCUCCAGGAGCAACGGGUCGAGCCCAGAAGCCAGGGACGCCCGUAGCCCGACGGGCCCCAACGGCAGCCUGGAGAACGGCACCAAGGCCGACGGCAAGGAGGCCAAGGCCACCAACGGGCACGGCGGCGAGGUGGCCGAGGGCAGGAGCCUGGGCAGCGGCCUGAAGCCAGGGGAAGGGAAGAGCGCCCUGUUCUCGGGCAACGAGUGGCGGCGGCCCAUCAUCCAGUUCGUGGAGUCUGCGGAUGACAAGAGCUCCAACUACUUCAGCAUGGACUCUGCGGACGGCAAGAGGUCACCGUACGCGGGGCUCCAGCUGGGGGCCGCCAAGAAGCUGCCCGUCGCCUUCGCUGACAAGGGCGAGCUGCGCAAGUCCCUCUUCUCGGAGCCGCGGAAGCCCCCGGCCCCCGUGGCGGAGCCCGGCGAGGUGCGCAGGAACAGCUACCCCCGGGCCGACUCGGGCCUCCUCCUGCGGCCCAGGCCGGGCUCCGAGGAGGUGCUGUGCGACUCCUGCAUCGGCAACAAGCAGAAGGCCGUCAAGUCCUGCCUGGUGUGCCAGGCCUCCUUCUGCGAGCUGCACCUCAAGCCCCACCUGGAGGGCGCCGCCUUCCGCGACCACCAGCUGCUCGAGCCCAUCCGGGACUUCGAGGCCCGCAAGUGCCCCCUGCACGGCAAGACCAUGGAGCUCUUCUGCCAGACCGACCAGACCUGCAUCUGCUACCUCUGCAUGUUCCAGGAGCACAAGAACCACAGCACCGUGACGGUGGAAGAGGCCAAGGCCGAGAAGGAGACGGAGCUGUCACUGCAAAAGGAGCAGCUGCAGCUCAAGAUCAUUGAGAUUGAGGAUGAAGCUGAGAAGUGGCAGAAGGAGAAGGACCGCAUCAAGAGCUUCACCACCAAUGAGAAGGCCAUCCUGGAGCAGAACUUCCGGGACCUGGUGCGGGACCUGGAGAAGCAAAAGGAGGAAGUGAGGGCUGCGCUGGAGCAGCGGGAGCAGGAUGCUGUGGACCAAGUGAAGGUGAUCGUAGAUGCUCUAGACGAGAGGGCCAAGGUACUGCAUGAAGACAAGCAGACCCGGGAGCAGCUGCACAGCAUCAGUGACUCGGUGCUGUUUCUGCAGGAGUUUGGUGCAUUGAUGAGCAAUUACUCGCUCCCCCCACCUCUGCCCACCUACCAUGUCCUGCUGGAGGGGGAGGGCCUGGCACAGUCUCUCGGCAACUGCAAGGAUGACCUGCUCAAUGUGUGCAUGCGCCAUGUCGAGAAGAUGUGCAAGGCGGACCUGAGCCGCAACUUCAUCGAGAGGAACCACAUGGAGAACGGUGGUGACCAUCGCUACAUGAACAGCUAUACAAAUAGCUACACCAGCGAGUGGAGUGCCCCGGACACCAUGAAGAGAUACUCCAUGUACCUCACGCCCAAGGGUGGGGCCCGGACAUCGUACCAGCCGUCAUCUCCCAGCCGCCUCUCCAAGGAGACCAACCUCAAGAAUUUCAACAAUCUCUAUGGCACCAAAGGUAACUACACCUCCCGGGUCUGGGAAUACUCCUCUUCCAUUCAGAACUCCGACGACCUGCCCCCAGUGCAAGGCAGCUCCUCCUUCUCCCUGAAAGGCUAUCCCUCCCUCAUCCGGAGCCAGACCCCCAAGGCCCAGCCCCAGUCUUGGAAAUCUGGCAAGCAGACUUUGCUGUCUCACUACCGGCCAUUCUACGUCAACAAAGGCAGCGGGAUCGGGUCCAAUGAGGCCCCGUGAGCUCCGGGCAGGAGGGAACGAGGCGCUACCACCCCUCCCCUCCCUACUGACCCUGCUGCUCUUGCCUGCCCAGCUACUGUGCUCAUCUGUGCGGGAGGGAGCCUGGCCUGGGCCUGCCCACUCCAGCCCUCUGCUGCCUCAGGGCAGUCCUGAGUCCCCCAUUAGCCACACUCCAUCCAGGCCCCUUUCCUGCCUUGUGACUUCUGAUGGUCACCAUUGUUCCUGUGUUCAGGGGCCAGCCCAUUGCAGGGUGAGAGAUUGGUGGGGCUCUCUGCCCUAAUCCACCACCCUCCUCCUCUUGGGCUGGAUCACUGGUGCUAGCAGUAUGUGCCCACCUGGUGUAAGCCUGCCACUCCUGCCCAUGCCCUGCUGUCCCCAGGCCUGUUGGCCACUUCUCUCCAAGGUCCCUAUCCCCCAUGCAGUCAGUAGGUGCCUGGACAAGCCAGCUGUUCAUCUCAUAUCCACACAGCACCACCUUCUCUCCAGCAGCCCGGUCCUGUUAGGAGAAGACUGGCUCUAUACGUGCCCUCUCUGGUCCUACCUACCAGUGACCAGCCUGGCAGAGCCUGCAGCCUUGGCCAUCACAGAGGGAAACCUCUAGGUGUGUUGGCAUCACCCUGCCCCCGUGUGGGUAUCCACCACAUCCACUUUGUUUCCGCAGGCCCUGGAGGGCAAGCUCUCCUGGCUGGCAGGAUGAUCUAGGCCAAGAUAUGCCUCUUUCCCAC